UACUGUAAAAUGGCAUCAACAAUGGGUGAGUUUUAUGUAGGAUUCGUGCGGAUUUCAGCGUAAUAUCUUACAAAACAAAAACCCAUGUGUGAGCGGGUGCCAACUGACUUGGUUGAUGAUCACUCUGGGAAAUAUAAACACAUAUUUCUUGCUUCACUGUAAAUAUGAAGAUAAUGGAUUCAAGUAAAUUCGGUCUUCAGCCUUCAUCAAAAACAAAAUAAGACAGGCAAAAAAGAAAAAGAGCUGCAUUUACUACCAAAUUUACAUUUUUUUUAAAAAGCUAGGCCCGCAACGAGCAACUUAGAGGUACUGGGUUCGGCUUACCAUUGAAGGGAUUGGGCUUACUAUUAACCUGUUAACAUGGGCUGUCAAAGGAUGAAAAACGUGAACACGUGUAAGCAGAUUAAAGAGAGGUCAAAACAGCUGCAUUAAGGAAUCCUCUAGUUUUGACUUUCACUUCUUUCUUCGCUACUUUGCUACUCGUCUUUCCAUUUCCUAUCGGACAAGACAAAGAUUACUGAAUGGCAUGCCAAACCAUAAAGAACUCAGAGUCCAUCUAUGAUUGUACUGUGAAGGUUGGUUUGGUCUUUUUCUUUAAUCCUUUUGUGUACACUUUUAAGCUCUUUCAUCAAGUUUAUGGCCACUUACCUUUGAGUGAAGAUUAAUCGGUUCUACUUGGUUUCUUUUCUAGAAAAGGAUUAAAAAAAGAACAUUUUUUGUAUAUUAAUUUUUCAGUAAUGGGUAUUUUAAAAUAAGAAGAUAUAUGUAUAUGAUCGUUUUGCUUCUGUCGACAGGAUGCUAAGGGAAAUGAUGUGGACAUCAGCAUUUACAAAGGAAAAGUGCUAUUGAUUGUUAAUGUUCCUUCCAAAUGAUAUCUUCUUUGUGUUUCCGUGAUCAAUAUUGGAUGUGUUUCUUUGCAACUGAGCCAACUGAUGAUGGUUUAUAGCCAUCAAUUUCUCAGAGUCUUUGGCUCCCUAUCAUCCUUUUUAUUUCUUUCUUUCGCCAAUUAGGAUUUAUGUUUAUUGUUCUCUGUUUGGUUAUUUUGUGGCAGUGGAAUGACAAACUCAAACUACACAGAACUGAAUCAAUUAUAUGAAAAGUAUAAUGAUCAAGGUUUGAGUUUGUCCCCUGCCUUAUUUAUUGACAUCUUUAGAAUAAUAAUUCAAUACCGUAGCCUCAACUGUUUCCUUAUGUUUGCAUGCAUUUGUUGAACUUUUAUUUAUGCUUAUUAUUUGUACUAUGAUGUGGGCUACACUGCAGAGUAUUGGGAUGAAUGAAUUAUGAAUACCAUUUCAGAUGAUUAUGUUGACAAUUAAUUUUUUGUACAGACUCAAAUUUGCUUUUAUUUCUGUAAAAGGCUUGGAGAUUCCGUCUUUUCCAUGCAAUCAAUUUGGAGAGGAGGAACCAGGAUCAAGUGAUCAGAUUGAAGUCAAUGGUGAUAAUGCUUCUCCACUUUACAAGUACUUAAAGUUAGGCAAAUGGGGAAUUUUCGGAGACGACAUCCAAUGGAACUUUGCCAAGUUCUUGGUCAGUAGGGAUGGCCAAGUUGUUCAUCCUUAUUACCCCACCACUUCUUCACUUAGUCUUGAGUUUGAGAUAAAGAAGUUAUUAUGGCUUAGCCAGAAUUCUAAGCAUCAAAUAUUUGUACUCAUCCGUGAUAGUAUGUAUUCCAGAUUUGUGAAAUUUGUAUUGCAGAAUACCAUGUUAGAAAAUUUUCGGUUAACAAGACCGAAAACUCAAUGUAUGUUUGUAUCAUAUGUCUGAUGUAAGAGUAAAGAUCAAACUCAAGGACCUUGAGCUUUCACUCAAAUGAUCAUGUACCCACCUCUAAGGUGGAGAGUUUCCACACUUCUGAGGUUCUAGCCCCAGAGCCUGCUUGAAGUGGUGGAUUCAUCCCCAAUCACAUAGACAAAAGAACCCCAAACUCAAGCCCUAAGUUCUUAAACUAGUUGGAAGUGGCGUCUUGGUUGGUUGACUUUUUGUUGCUUAUAAUUAUCUAAAGCAUAAGUGUGUAAUACGAUGGAAAAGGUACAUAUUAUAAAAAAAUAAUGGCCAUUGAGAAAUUAUUAAGGUAUAGAAAAACAAAGCUUCAGUAUGUUAAUUCAACUUGAGUUCAAAAAGUGGCACAGUCAUUCUCAUAUAAUCAAAUAUGCUUUUAGCUUUAAACAUGUUCUUGUUGUCUAAAUGGGUAGAAACUACAAACAUUAUGCAUGAGUGGGCGCCUUGGCAUUUCAUGCUCCUCUGAGGGCAAGGCAUCUAAAUUAUAAAAAGAGAUGGGUGAAAUGAAGUUCAUGUAUUCUUCUUUUACCAACCU